GGAGGCAGAGGCAGAGGAAGCCGGAAGUGGGUCGUACCCGGGUCGGUCCGGGCGUUGCGGGUUUGGGGCCUGGGAUAGCUCGGCCCCAGGCACCUGGAGAGCCCGAGACGGAACAGAGCGGCGCCAUCCCGGCUCUGAGGGCUGCUGACUGGCAGGCUCUGCGUGCCCCGCGGAGGUCGGCGGCGACCAGCAGUGACCGCGGAGCGACGGCGGGCGGCCCCUGGGCAUGUACGCCCCCGGAGGCGCCGGGCUGCCCGGCGGGCGCCGGCGGAGGAGCCCGGGAGGCAGCGCUCUGCCCAAGCAGCCGGAGCGUAGCCUGGCCUCGGCCCUGCCGGGCGCCCUUUCCAUCACGGCUCUGUGCACUGCCCUCGCGGAGCCUGCCUGGCUACACAUCCACGGUGGCACCUGUUCCCGCCAGGAGCUGGGGGUCUCCGACGUGCUGGGCUAUGUGCACCCAGACCUGCUGAAAGAUUUCUGCAUGAACCCCCAGACGGUGCUGCUUCUCCGGGUCAUCGCCGCCUUCUGCUUCCUGGGCAUCCUGUGCAGUCUCUCCGCCUUCCUUCUGGAUGUCUUUGGGCCCAAGCACCCCGCCCUGAAGAUCACCCGUCGCUAUGCCUUCGCCCACAUUCUCACAGUCCUGCAGUGUGCCACCGUCAUCGGCUUUUCCUACUGGGCUUCCGAGCUCAUCCUGGCGCAGCAGCAGCAACAUAAGAAGUACCAUGGGUCCCAGGUGUACGUCACGUUUGCCGUUAGCUUCUACCUGGUGGCAGGAGCUGGUGGAGCGUCCAUCCUGGCCACCGCAGCCAACCUCCUGCGCCACUACCCCACGGAGGAGGAGGAGCAGGCGCUGGAGCUGCUCUCCGAGAUGGAGGAGACCGAGCCCUACCCCGCCGAGUACGAGGUCAUCAACCAGUUCCAGCCGCCCCCAGCCUACACGCCCUGAUGCCAGCGGGCUUUCCUCCUCUGCAGCCCCGCCCCCAGCCGCGCUUCCCGCCCCGGGGGCGGCGGGGGUGGGGGUGGGGUGGGGGGGUGGAGCGCCUUCCACAGCAGGCUGGCGG